AUGGCCACUACAAACGUCUUGAUAGUCGGUAACGGGCCUGUCUGCCGCGCUGUAAUCAACGCCCUCCUCACGCUCCAGCCACCGUUCGACGCCUGUAAUUACAAUCUCUCCGUGCUAACAUACCCCUCUCGUACAACCAAUCUGCCGCCUCAUGUGUCUACAGCCCAUGUGCGGCACGUGACUUCAGACUUCACACGGGCUGCCCUGCAGUCGGCAUUCGCCGGCCAAGACAUCAUCCUCAGCACAGUUGCGGGUGGAGACUCGGAGCUGCAGAUCCGAGUAGUCGAUGCCCUGAGAGCCGUGGGUGUCCGGCGCUUUAUCCCUGAUGAGUUCAGUCAUGACAGUCUAAACAAGCUGCUGCAAACCCGCCUCCCCAAGCAUGCUGAACGGGCCAGGGUCAUUCAUUAUCUUGAGAAGAUAUCACAAGCAGACCCAUCCUUUGAAUGGGCUGCGAUUACAACAGGCUAUACACUUGAUACCAAGCUCAUCAGUGGCGACAUGGGCUUGGAUCUGCAGUGGCAUAGCGCCACGGUCCACGGCACCGGCACAGAGCAGUUUGCAGCAUCCAGCCUAGCACGUGUGGGCCAGGUCGUAGCCUGCGUACUGACUCACUGGGAAGGCAUCAAGAAUCAAUACAUCUAUGCCGCCGGCGCAGUAACAUCAGCUAACGAGGUUGUGAAGGCUGUUGAAAAGGCAACUGGUAAAGACUUCACCGUAGGAAACUAUCAUGAUAUCCCGAUUUCCGGCAUUGCCCUACUCGAGCGCAGUGUAUUUUACGAUGAGCAUCUGGAUGCCUCUGCGCCUUUCCGCACGCACAGCGCGAAUGACAAGCUGGGACUUUUGCCCGAACCAAUCGACAACAUAGUCGCUGGGGCAUACCGUGAAUUCAAGCACCUCGGCAAGCCAGGCUGCGGGUGCUCAGCAUGA